UGUGAAGAGGAGGAAAUUGUAAACAUCCUUUGGGGCUUCGAAUCACUGGGCCAGGCCUGUUGAGCCCCUGAGCCCCCUGCCUUUACUGUGUCUGCUGCGGAUCACAGAGCCAUUGAAGGUACCUCUCCAUCUUCUUCACAUAAUGCCUGACAGAUAAUGUCACUCAUUACAAUUUGGUCUCACAACCAUUUGGGGAAAUGGCUUCUGAGGAGCAUACUAUCUCAGACAGAGAGAAGAGGCGGCCCAUGGUAGAUGUCGGGGGAGAUCUGUUCUAUUCCAUCAACUGGCCAACACAAUCCUGGACAAAAAGUUCUGGAGAUUCAUGGGAUUCCUUGGAGGGUCUCCAUGCCUUUCCCAAUGGGCCUGCUCUAUGUUCCCAAUCAGCUUUCACCAAUUUACCUCAGGACCCAGAGGCCUCCUCUCUGAAACCAAUCAGGCGGUUCAUCCCACCAUCUUGGAAAACCUUUUUUAACAAAUGUUGGAGGAAGCCAUAUUUUGUGAGUUACUCUCCAGAAGGCGAGAAGACUUCUCCACCAUUAUCUCCCUUUUUUGACCGUCCCCAGAGGAUCAUCUCUGACAGAGAAAAGAUCUCAAACCCUGAAGACGAUAGUGAUUUUAAAAAGCCACCAUCAGCCUCCACUGGUCCAUCAAGGUAUGAGAAGAAAUUGUCAGACCCAAACUAUGGUGACCUGUCAACAGGCCCACCGAGCUAUAAGGAGAAGCUGGAGGCCUACGACUAUAAAUAUUCUUACAUGAAAUCUUGGCCAGGCCUACUCCGGUUGAUGGCAGGCCUGGAACUCAUCUUAGGGGGCAUGGUAUUUGCUUGCACAGCUGCCUACAUACAAAAGGACUAUCAGUGGUCUCAACUUUAUGGUGGUAAUCUUCCCUAUAACAGCCUCCUCGGGGGAGGAUAUGGGUACAACUACUACGGCCCAAUGACCCCCUUUGUGUUGGUGGUGGUUAGCCUGACUUGGCUAGUGACAGUGAUCUUGCUAGGCCUGGGAGUGACUAUGUACUACAGGACGAUCCUCCUCAACUCCCACUGGUGGCCUUUGACAGAGUUUGGCCUCAACCUCCUCAUGUUUCUGCUCUACAUGGCAGCUGCCAUUGCUUAUGUCAAUGACGUCAACCGUGGUGGGUUGUGCUACUCUGUCUUUGCCAACAACCCACUCAUCGUGGCUUUGUGCCAGGUUGAAGGGGGUCAAAUGGCAGCCAUCGCUUUCCUCUUUAUCACCACGUUACUCUAUCUGACUGGAUCCCUUGUCUGUCUCAAGAUGUGGAGGCAUGAGGCUGCCCGGAAGAGGGUAGCUCUGAUAAGACUCAGGGAAGUGUCUCGUGAGGAGAGACCACCGGCAAACAUACCGAAGCAAAGGUUGGUAGCCCUGCAAGCUGUGCCCAAGCAGGCUGUGUCUGGGGAUGAAAUUCAGCCAUCCAGAAAGGUCACCAGGCGUGUUGAGUUUUCAGAGAAGGGCGAGGAGGACCCCGCAGUGCUAAACUGCAGCAUCCCGACCGGCCACCACCCAAAACCACAUGUAAUCCCAGAUUACAUUAUAAAGUAUCCAGCAAUCAGAAGCCUAACUGAGCAGGAGAAAUACAAAGCCGUUUUCAAGGACCAGUAUGCUGAAUACAAGGAGCUUUACCAUGCAGUCGGAGCUGCACGACGGAAACUCAAGGAGCUGGGGGCCCUGAUGGCCAAGUUGCCCCGCACCUAUCAGAAUAAAGAGGAGCAGAGCAGGGUGUCCACUGUGUGGAAGGAAUACGAGAACAAGAAGAAGGAUCCCGCCUACUUGGAGAAGCUGGAACGCUGCGAUUAUCUGAAAAAGAAGCUCACACACAUCAAGGCCCAGAUCCAAGCAUACGGCGACGAGGCUGAAGAUGGCUCUGUGCACUUCUGAGGUACUUCUGGGGGUGUCCCCCUCCCGGCCGUGCACGACAGACUCGGCUCUGUGCAGUGCAGACCAGAGAAUCUUCUUGGAUUCGGAGAAGGGGGUCGCUGAUCAGCAGAGCAGGCAAGAAAGACCUGGACUCUUACCCAUGGAGGAAUCCUGGCAGCGAGUGCGACCCCUCACACACACACAUCUCUGAGAAGAAGGAAGCAGAGGAUGUUUCCCUGGCUGGACAGGCUACAGGUUAGGGAUCCCUGGGCUGAGAUGACUAUGCUGGGUGAUCAACAAACCAGUGAGAAUCACAGAUAAGAUAAAAAACACAUGCCAACAGCUUCAAAACAUAAGAUCAUUCAAAUCCCUGUGAAUGUAUACAAUUUGCAGAGUGUUCCUGUUGAUUUUGAAAUGGAUUUUCCGAUCUUUGUAAGCCUGGAAAAAGCGACAGUGAAACAAGACACCAUGGGGCUUUUUUUUUUUUUUUUAAAGCAGGAACUCCUUUUCAUGUUAGACCACAUCCCCCUGAUGUAGACAAUCCUCCAAGAGCUUACAGGGCUCUUCUUACAGGGCCUACUGUAAGUUCCAAGAAGAUUGGUUAUAUCAGGGGUGUGUGGCCUAAUAUGCAAAGGAGUUCCUGCUAUCAAAAAAAAAAGCCCUGAGAUACUGUAUUCCUUAGGGUUUGUAGAAUCUUUCAGGCUCAAGUGCCGUGUUCUAGUGGAGAAAGUCUUUCUUCCAGACGUUUCGUUCUCAGCUGCAGCUGCUGAGAACGAAAUGUCUGGAAGAAAAACUUUCUCCAGUAGAACAUGGCACUUGAGCCCGAAAGAUUCUACAAACCCUAAUGAUGUUACCAGCCGUGAAAACCUGAAAUCUUUGAUACUGUAUUCCGGUUCUACUUGUUAGCUGUAUAUUCAGAGUCAAGUUGGACAAAUUUUUGAGAAUAUUUGGAUUUAGCACUAAAAACAGAAGAAAUCCUCAUUGCAUAGAGUGGCUUUGAUUGAUUUGAAGUAACUCGGAUUUGCAUGGAUCACAGGUUCUUGGUGUAAACUUUCUGCACAUCCAUUCGAUUUGGCACCGGGCAUAGACCAGGUGUGUCAAACUCAUUUGUUAUGAGGGCCAGGUCUGACAUAAAUGAGACCUUGUCGGGCCAGGCCAUGUGUGUCAUAAAAUGUAAUGCCAGGUAGUGGAGAUUUAAACUUCAUAAAGGACACAGACA